GUGUCAGCGUGUGAAGAAACAAAUAGAACCUGAAACCUGAGAUGGCUCCACCCCUUCCUUUCCCUCAAGUUAGUAUACUGACUGUUCAAAUCUCUCCAGCUUUAUGAUUUGAGAGGCUGUACAGCUGUCCAAAAAUGUCUGUACGUUUGUUUGAGGGUAAAGAACAUGCAACCUCAUACUGGAAGUACAGAAUUUCUCCUUCUGAAGAGCUCAUCAGCAAGGUUCUACAAUUCCACAGGAGUAAUAAAAAUGCAUCCAAUGACCUGGCAGUAGAUGUUGGUUGUGGGUCAGGGCAGGGAACGCUGCUCUUAGCACCUCAUUUUACUCGUGUAGUGGGAACAGACAUCAGCCCAGCUCAACUGGAGAUGGCGAGGAAACAUGUCAACAUUCCAAAUGUCUCUUACAGGGAGAGUCCAGCUGAAGAACUGCCUUUUGAAGAUGGCUCUGUAGAUCUUGUGACGGCAAUGUCUGCGUUCCAUUGGUUUGACCAUUCACGUUUUCUUCAAGAGGCUCACAGAGUGCUUAAGCCUCAUGGCUGUCUCGCACUUCUUAACUACACCAUGGACAUGGAGCUCAGCUAUGGAGACUGCUCAGAGACUUUAAACCACAUCUGUAAUGAGUUUUAUGCAGUGCUACAGCCUUUCCGGAACCCUUACCUGGGUCCCAGCUCCCUCGAACUUUACAAGAAAACCUACAACUCUCUCCAGUACCCAGUUAAAGAAUGGCAAGAGUUUUUUUGGGUGAGGAAGCCUGUACCUCUCUCUGGCUACAUCGGCAUGGUGGAGUCUUUCUCCACUUUCCAGGCACUAUUAAAAAAAGAUCCAGAAGAGGCCAGACGACUCUCAAAUGACAUUGAAAAAAGACUGUUGUGUGCAAUGGACGUGAUAUCCUCGGAGACAGAAGUUAUCAUGGGAGUCAAAUACUUCUAUUUUCUAUCCUGCAAGCCAGAAAAAUAAUGAUUUUCUUUAAAUCUUUAUUUAUAUGAUUUAUUAGUAUGAUUUCACCUUGUUAUUCAUUAAUAUUCCUAAUGUGAUCAAUUUACUGCUAAUUUAAUUACUGAUUUAAUUGAAACCAUCAGGUUUCAU